CCAACUAUUUGAACAUUUUUCAUUUUCCCUUCUUUCCUUUCCCUUCUUCCUUCCUCCCCCUCCCUCUCAUUCAUCUCACCACGACGCAACCGACUUGGUUCCGUCUUUGUCUCCUCCCUCUCUAUCGCCCCCUUCCAGCCCUUGUCAGGGUCUAAUUGUCAUUCACUUACACAAACGCAACGCAAUUUAACCGUUUCCAAUUCCUUUAACGGCUUCUCCUCCCUUCUCCUACAGACUGUUUGGAUCUUCACCCACUUUCUCCACUACCGCUUUCACAGCAUAUACAUUAUUACCCUAAAAAAUCCCUCCCACAUCAUUCGAUUAUGAAGUUCACCACCAUCAUCUCCGUGGCUAUCGCCCUCUGUGUUGUGUCCACCAACGCAGCUCCUGUUAGUACGACUAAGGUCUCUGGUAGCAAGGCCACAACUACUCCAACCCCACCUCCAAAAGCUCGUGACCCUUGUGCAGAUUUGGCGGCUCAGGGCAAGAACUCUGAUUCUAUCUUGAAGUUCAACACAGUGCGAGACUGUUAUCGUGCUCAAACAUUCAAGCCAGAGGUAGCAGAAAAGAUUUUGACGUCGGUUGAGAGCGCCAUUGGCAACUUUUACGCCUUUAUCGACAAUGCAAAAGAGGCUCAUGGCGCUCCCUUCAAGACUCCUAGAGUUGAUCUGUUGGCUGAAUUGAAAAAGAUUCGGCGAACCAAGUGGAAGAAUGAUUAUGACUUCAAUAUGGCUUUGACCUACCUCACUUUCUCUGCCAACGAUGGACACUUGGCCUAUCGAAGCGAUUGUUACCACACUGCAAAAUUCCUUCAGCCCAUCUCUCUCUAUGCCCCUGUUGUUAAUGAUGUCCAGAACAUCCGUGUCUUCUUUGCAGAUGACACUCAGGAGGGCGUUCCCAAGACAGCAUUGACAGACUGUAUUGUCACCGAAAUUGAUGGCGUGCCUGCUCUUAAGGCCGUCCAGGACUUUGCUGAUCGCACCUCUGCAAUCUCUAAGGAUCCCGGUGUGCGUCUUAAUGAUGCUCUUGCCAGCACAUCCUGGUACAAUGAAUGGUUGAUCAGUCCCGGCGGCUUUGCGAGUCGCUGGGAGGUUCCUAAGAAGAACUCAAUGGAUUAUACGAUCCAGUGCGCUAGUGGUGCCCCUCAGAAGUUGACUGUUCCUUGGAUUGUCAAGCCCGCAGAUGCAUUCGAGUUCCAUACAUUCCGGGAUACAAAGACUUACUGGGACGUUCAGUGCGCAGCUCCCCUGUCGCCUUAUAACAACCGCCUUAGCAGGACCGCUAACAACGCAACCACUCAGGGUCUUAACUAUCGUGUGAACGAGGUCCCUGCCACGACUCUUUUCCGUGAGCGUGGUAGGAUUCAGUUGCCCGGCGGUGGCAAGAAUGGUCGUGUUGGUCCUAUCCAGGUGAUCUCGAAGGCCAAAGAGAUCUUGCUCACUGCCACCACUGCGUUCUACAGAAUCAACAAGUCCAAUGCCUGUGUUGCUGUGAUUGCCUCUGAAGAAGCUGCCUACUACAAGUUUGAUCCCUCCGAUUAUCUGCAGUUCAUCGAAGGCCUUGAGAAGUUGCGUGAUGGAGGAUGUAAGAAACUGAUUUUGGACAUGACCAACAAUGGUGGUGGCUCAGUUGAUUUCGCCUACUUUAUCAACCAAGUCUUCUUCCCAAAGGCAAAGCCUUACUUUGUGGAAGAUCUGCGCUCGAAUAAGUAUGUCCAGGGUGCUGCUAAGAUUGCUGUCAAACAAUCAAACCCUCGUUCCGUCUUUGAUGCUCGUGGAUACGUCAGCAUGGCUACCAACAAGGUCUACACAGAUGAUUCCAUGUUCACAAAGGGUGUCAACAUGAAGCGUGGAGGUGUUACUCAGACUUACAGCCAGAAGAAUUAUUUUGAGUAUGGAUGGCCCUUCAUGCCUAUGGCCAAGAACAGAACUCUCCCUUGGAAGGCUUCUGACAUGGCUAUUGUCACCAACGGUUUCUGUGGCUCUGCCUGCACCAUGAUUGCCACUCGCUUCAACAUCGUCCACAAGGUCAAGACUUAUGCUGUCGGCGGUGUGCACAAGAGACCCCUUUCCUACUUCUCCUUCCCUGGAGGCUUUGUCAUGGACAAUGAGAGUUUGACGAACGAUAUUAAGCAGCUCAACUACAAGGCUAAAGGUGGGCCCUCCAACCUGGUGACCAAGUCAACCUUAAACGUUGCUGUCGGUGAGAUCUAUGCUACUGAGACCAGCAAGGUUCCUCUGGAGUACGAUACCAAGUAUUUCCCUGCAAACGUUCACUUGGAUCAGGAUCCUGUUUCAGCCAGAAAUCCAGAUAACAUCUGGAUGAAGAUCGUUGCAGACUUCAAGUAAAAAAAAAAUAAAAAAGCAAUCCGGGGUUGCAUGUUAUGUAGUGAUGACAAUUUUCAAUAAAUAUAAAUACAAUGCUCUCUUC